AUGGAGUCCGCCCCGUUAACUUUGGCUCAUGACCAUGCUCGAGCAGCCUCUCUGGCCACUCAAAGCAGCGAUACCACUGUCGCAAUCAAUGAGCAUGCUCUGGCAGCCGGGGAAUUUGCCAAAGCGGCCUCGGGGACAGCAAGUGCAGAAGCUCUUAGAACCUUGCGACUCCUGGAACAACACCACCAGAGGCUCUCCGAACUCCUUCGUUACCCGUCUGAGAAUCCAGUCGUCAACCCUCCCAGCGAAGCAGAAGUUCAAGUAACCACCGAGAAGCCCCUUUCAACAUCUGUCCCCGUCGCCGAACUACGGGCCUCAAAAUCCGACCUUGGGCCUCGCGCCUCGUCCCCGCCUCGAAAUCCUACCGGGUUAGCACCACGCCGUCUGCCACCCCGCGACCUCAGCUCCUCGAUUGCAAGCAACCUCGCAUCUGCUCGUGGAAUCAGAGGGAAGAACACAAGACCACCACCUCUCUCGCCCAGUCUAUCGACACAUCAAGCGCCAGGGAGCCUCGAGACACAUCGCCGCCGCAACCUGCCUAAUAGCAUUCCCGAGCAUGCGGCGCCAAGCUGGGUCCCUCCCCCCUCAAGUCGAAAAGCCGAACCCAAGACCGGGACAUCUCGAACAUCCGUUGCUGCCGAACCAGCAGCCCCCGCUCCUGCGGCAAGCGACGAAGGUUUUUCAAAAUUCUACAGCGCCUUCGAAAAUAUUCUCCACAGACUCUCCGCACCUCUGGCAUUUGCAGGCCUACCAUUAGCCGCUGAAGAAGACCCCAAGUCAUCUGAAUCCCAACCAACCUCACCUAAGAAGGCGCAUAUAAAGACUGAGAGACACGGCUCGGAUCCUGAUCUCACGAAAUACAUCUCUCGGGCUGCGCUCAGGGCCUCGGCUCGCGAUGGUCAUGCGGGGAAUGACUCCUUCUACGUAGUCCCAACAGCUGGGGGUACACUUUCGUACGCCCACAUUCUGUCUUUCGCUGAGAAGGAGAAACGGCGUAUGGCGGCCUCGAUGCACGGAGAGAAUCCAGACCUCUUCACCAAUCCCGACGACGAGGAUGAUUUUGUUGACGCGAGGGAAACCCUCGUCCCAGCUUCUCCCAAAUAUGCCAGGGGUGGCAGUUCGCGGGGGAAGAAGAUGAGCGAGAGGCAGCUAGAAAAUAAAAUUGAGGAACUGGGGAUAGAGAACAAGAGCCUCAAGGAUUGCGUUGACAAACUUGCAAGACGUCUCCAAGCUUUUGAACUAUCGGCGCAGCAGAGUAGCAUGGCGCUUAAUGAAAGCAUGCGCUUAAUGAGGGAGAAGAGCCCUGCGAGAGACAGAGAGCGACUGAGUCCCGUUCGUGAUCGUCCUAGCCGUAUGAGGGAGGACAGCGGCGGCACGGGUGUGGAGGCCGUCUCAGGAGACGAGGCCUUGCGAAGACGAGUGCAGGAGUUAGAGGAUCAUGUACGACUGGGCGGGAAGGAGAUUGAGAGGUUAGGAAGAGAGAACGAGAAGUUGAAGAGCGUGGUAGCGAGGUAUAGAGAGAGAUGGGAGAAGUUAAAGGAGGGUGCCAAAACGAGAAGGGAGGCUACGGGUACGGGUACGACGAGCACAGGAAUGAAAGAUGCUAAGGAGGCACAGGCAAGCAGCAAUGGCCUUGUGAGGAAGGAUUCUGAUCCAGGAGCUGGCAGGUUCGUAGCUGGAUGA